AUGGAGGCCGCGAGCAGCUCGCCUGACGAACCUCAACAGGAGGAAAGGCCUCCAAAGCCAAAUCUCUGCAGGCUGCUCCUGAAGCAGCUGGAGGACAAGUUUCUGGCCAUUGGCCGUCGUCCAGACAAAUCGAGGACCGAUAGGUCUGAGCAUCAGGAAGAUGCCAAUCAGCUCGUGGAGGCCGAGUACAGGCCGCGGUCCUUCCUGCGGCGGCGAGCGCCCGAUGAGAUCGAGACCGCGGUGACGCAGCUGGACCAGGGAGCCCUGACCAUGGCGAAGAAGAGUUUCACCAGCAACCUCGACUUGACGGAGUUCGCAGAGGCCAUUGUCAGCACCGGCACUUACGAUGCGGACCGGGUCCUCGCUUUCGUCAGUGGCGUUGUCGACCUCUAUCUGGAGGUCUUCCGAUCCCAAGGCGAGCGCGCAUCCGAACGUGCCGUGAACUGGGCGCAGUUGAUGAACCACUUCAUCGAGUCCCCAGAGAUCGUCAUGUUCGAGGGCAACGAGGUUUCGUCCGCGGGCCCGAAAAGCGUGUCCGGUGCAGAGAACUUGGCGCAGGUCCGACGAAGCAAUGUUGUGGACUGUGCCAAGCACAUGGGCUCCGUUAUCCACAAGAUCAACUGGAUGGCCUCCCUGGAAAUGCUCACCUCGGUUGAGGGCACGGAGUCCGUGUACUUCUGGUCGCCGUUCAUGGCUUGGGAAACAGCACGUGUUGUCACACCUCAGUUGCCAGCAGACUUUUACGACGAGCGGCAAAAGCCACUGUGGACAGUUCAUGCGGUUGCCUGGGACAACGACUCCCAGGACUUGGCAGCCUUGCUGAGCAAUCGCUUUCUCGUCUUCUGGCGUCUGCGGAACCGGGACAAGGGCCAGUUCCAGCAGAAGAAGGAGUUUCGCUUUCAUGCCACGCGGUCUCAGGGCCGCAACUCCUCUACGCAUGAAAUCAGCCAAUGGGAGGUUCACCUGCGCACGCUCGAUCCCAAAAACGGGGAUCUCCUCCGCGAUCCGCCCAGCGGGAAGGAGCCUUCGGAAGCUGGGGCGCGGCGCGACAAGCGCGAGGAGCGCUUCGCAGCAGAAGCAGCCCAGCAGCUGGAUAUCUGGUGGAGUGCCAGCAUGAAGGUCUGGGUGACGGCUGACUACAACGGCAGGUUUCUGUUGUGGGAUUUGCGCGAACACAGCAUCGCGACAACCAUCGCACCGACAAAGGUUUUGCAGGCUCACAGCAAAGUGAUCACGACUUUCCUGGAGCUUAGCACUUUCAAGUUCACCACUGGCAGUUUGGAUCGGUCGGUGUGCCUCUGGGACCACCGCAACCUCUCUGGCCCCGAGGUGAAGUUGGAGGAGCACACGGGCUCCAUCAGAGCACAGGCGUACUUGCCAUUAUUCUCCAGCCUUGUUACAGUGGGUUGUGAGAAACGGGUGUUUGUAUGGUCGAUCGAUUCGACAGCCUACCGAGGCGUAAGGGCGAAGCUUUCCGCACACCAGUCCAACCUCUCAGGGGUUUCAGCCGGCCAAAGAGUUUUCGUAACCUUGGACGAGGCGUGUAUCUUCAUCCUCUGGGAUGGUGCGACUCUAGCCGCACUCCAGACGACAAAUUGCUUCACCCUUGGGCCUCGCCAUGUGGUGGUGAUGCCCUCGCUCGGACGCAUUUGCUUGGCAGGGCGGAGGCUCAACUUCUUUGAAGGCAACGAGCAGGGCUCCAUUGCACUUGGUGCAGCGCCGACGAAGGAGCAAGUUGCCAUAGCAAAACGUCGGGAAGCCGAGGGUGCGAGCCUGAAGGACCGCGCAGCACCGAAGUGGUGUGGCCUGGGUCCAUCACGAGGAGUCUUGCUGUCGGCGACCGAAGCCGAGGUUCGACUGCAUAGCCGCAUUUGUCCGAGCCAGUCUAAAGCACUCUUCAAUGCGCCCGAAGGGGACACAAUCAGCGCUUUCUGCGCCUGCGACUCGCAGUCCUACUCGGUGCUCGGGACGGCCAAAGGCGGAAUCUACUUCUUGAAGUACCGAAGCGGCUUCACCUUGCGAGCCUACCAGAGGAGGCGGGAGGACAUCGAGGAAUGGCCCUCGGCAGCAGGAGGGCCGGCUGCCAGCUCCAGCUCGGCUCCGGGAUUCAGCUCGGAGAUCGUCGCCUUCGAGGGUCCGCCGAGCCCGGGCGUCGCGGGAGGAAGCUCCAUGGAGCGUAUCGGCAGCCAAUGGCCAAGCUGCUCGCCUCCGCUGCGCCGGAGGCCGUUGAGUACCGUUCAGGUCCUGAGCCACCUGGCCACUUUCUACUGCAUUGGAUGCUUCGCUGGAUUGGUGGUCCCGGCGUGGUGCAGCGGCGGGGCCGAUACCUGGGGCCCGGUCAUGGUUGCCAUUUUCUGGUUCAUCUUCGUUGCCGAUCUGUCGCUGUAUGGUUGGAUUCUCAAUGUGGAUUGCCGCUACGUUGAGGCUCUGCCAGGCAUGCCGGACAGUUACUCGGGCAGCGAGUCGCGGCAGUGCGACGACUGCGGUACUCAUGUAUCACAUGCACGCGUCAAGCAUUGCCAGAGCUGUGGCUGGUGUAUGGAGGGGUUCGACCACCACUGCCGAUACCUCAACGUUUGCGUGGGGGGCAGGAGCUACCCGGCCUGGUUUAGCUUCGUGGCGCUGCUGUUCGUGCUGAUGGUCAUGUGCAGCUUCGCCCACUUCCACUUGCUCAGUGAUCCGUCGAGUCACGACUUGCACGAGUCUCAGCCAGUGGUGUUCUACAUCUUCGCCAGCAUUGCUGGUUGUUUAUCUUCCAUGGAAUCUCUUUUCCUCCUUGCUUUGCUCGCCCAGCACACCUACUUCUGCUUGGUAGGCAUCACCACUUUGGAGUACAUCAAGGAUCAGGCCAGUGCCUUCCCAGGGCUGCCGCCGAACGGCUGGCGAGAGGCUGUGGAGCGCGGCGAGUGCUUCGACUGUGGCGGCCUCUUAGAGCUGGUGGAGCCGCCUGAUGUGAAUGAGGUGCUCUAUUGCUCCAUCUGCCAGGGUGAUGUGGCCAAGGCUGGUGUAGUCUGCUGGCAGUGUGACAUUUGCGACCUUUGCUCUGUAUGUCCGCUGUGUUAUCGGUUAGCCUCGUCGACUUCGACAGUUAUCACGUACCGCGCCUCUGCCCUGAGGCGGCGCUCACAGGCGGUGAUGGGCGCUUUGGACCUCACACGCAGCAGAAGCCAAGGAGGAGGCAGCAGCUGCAAGACGUCAUGGACGCCCAACGGCUCCACCUCUGGAGAACCGCGGGAGCACCGCGCCAUCAGUCGGCGCACGAUUUCAGCCGUGGUGGCCGCUGUGGAAGGCCAUGGCGGCGAGACGAAGGAAGCGCUGCUCCAGCUGCGCUUCCAGAGGGUCAAGGCGCAGGCCCUGCAGCAGAGGCCCUGGCACCUGCAGCCAAGCGAAGUAGCGGCUGGGUACCCAGAAGAUCUGAAUACUUCGGAUUCGGAAAGUUCUGCCGAGCUCUGUUUGCCGCAGAACUCGCCGACGGCAGAGGACCUACAGCGUGGCCUCAGCAGCGGCAUCACCUGCGUACUGCCGGUGGAGGAGCAGCGCCGGGUCUACGUGGGAACGGUCGAGGGCCGCGUCAUCAUUUUCAGCACCGAGAACGAUUUCUCAGUGCUUCGGUGGGUCCACCUCGAGGACGCAAGCCCGGUCACCUGCAUCGACGUGGCUCCUUGGGCCGAAGGCGUUGAAGUCCCGGAUGGGGAAGAGCCGGGGCUCAUGGCCGUGGGCACACAGGAGGGCGUGGCCCACAUCUACAGCCUCGCCAACCUGCGCUUGGCGGGUACCGUGAAUAUCCCAAGAGCACUGCCAGAAGGUGAAUUGCAGCAUGGAUCUGGCCUUCGGCACAUGAGGAUGAUUCAGAUUGCGGCAGAACCACUACUUCCUGUGACGCUGCUGACCAUCGACAGCCAGUCCAGGCUUCGCCUUUGGGGUCUAAAGGUCCAUGUCCAAUCGGGCCGUCUGCAGACCUUGAAACUCCUGCUUGAUGCAGGUCAGCUGCGAGAGAGCGCUUGCAUCCCUGCCGAGUGGUACAAUCGCCUCAAGCAGAAGCGCGACCAUGAGGCGAAGCUGCGGAAGAAGAAGCGUGAAGAGGAGAUGAAGGCUGCCAAGGCCAGAGCCGGAAAGGAUGAGACGGCAGAGCAGAACCCGGAGGCAGAGGCCCAAGAAAUGGAGGGCCAGAAUCUGGAUGAAGGCUCCCAAGGGGAGGGAGAAAACCUGGCUGCAGAAGCGCGUUGGACCAGCACCGAGUCUGUACGCAUCACAGCAUUCGCAGCCCUUCCCAGUGGUCCUGUGCAGCUGCCGAUCGAUUGCCUGGACAACCAGCCCUUCGAAGGACCGACCACGUCGGCCACGGCUGCGGCCCAGGAGAAGAACACGCCCUUCUUCCAAGCUAAGGCCGACAAGGCAUCUGAGAAGGAGCCGCCUUCGUCACUCUUCAUCACCCAGCCUCCAGGUGCAGCUCGCAUCCUCGGCAAGGCCGACGAAGAGGCUCCGGCAGAGGAGUUCUCCGGCAGUGACUCCGAUGGCGAUGCUGAGGAGAUCGUGACCCAGCGGUUCGCUGAAAUGCCAAGGCUGCCGUCGUCGGCGCCCAAUGCGCUCAUGCUGGGCGACUCUGCCGCGGCGGAGUCCCUUCGAGCAGCCAAAGAAGCAGCAGCCGAGGAGCUGGGUGGCUCCAUUGGCGAUGGCGACUCGCUGGUUUUUAUCGCUGAUUCUGGUGGCUGGCUGUGGUGCCUGGACAUCGCCGCCUCCCUUUCUGCUGCGUCCUCCUUUGCGCCCGUUGCCGUAGCCUUGGAUGUCGCCAUGGUCGCGAAGGCGCACGAGGAGAUGAUGAAAGAUCGCGGCGAAAAGCGCAACAAGAGGCCAAGGGGCACCACCGUGGAUCCCCGCAUCCAGGCCCAGGUGGCGAACAGCCCCGCUGCAACUGGCUUGCUGACAGGUCUCACUCAGAAGGAUGCCCGUGACGAGAUUGGGAUCCUUGUGGGCCUGCCGCCGAAGCAAAGACCGGAGGCCGUGCAGGUUGUGGGCGCUUGGCCAGCUCACAGCCAGGGAGUCUCCUCGCUGGUGAUCAGCGGCAGCCCUCCGGCCCUGGUCUCUGUGGAUUCGGCGAAAGAGGUCAAGGUUUGGUCGACGACCGGCGACAUCUGGGGCCACUUCUCCAUGCGGAAAGUGGACUCAAGACCUUUGCCCACCGCUGUCUGGCCACCACCCCACGUCCUCGCCGUUCAGAUGUCGCUGAUUCGAAUCGCGAAGGGCCUCUGCCGACGCAUGGGCUUCUCUGUCUCCCACGCAGAAGAGCUCCUUGCAGCGCAGCAGCAGAGGGCGACGCCAAAGCGCUCGGCACAGCGGAGCCUCAAUGCCACCGAGAGGAGAGCGCAGAUCGCUGCACGACGGGCCGCGAAGCAGCGCCAGGCCGCCGCAAAGGCCGCAGAGAUCGUUGCAGAAGCGGAGGUGCCCCUGAUCUCUCCGACGGGUGAGGACAAUGGGUCUUCUGCACAGGACUCCGUGGAUGCAGGCAUCGAGGAGGAGCUUACCGUGUUAGCAGCUGGAGGCCAAGCCUCUCAGCGGCAUGUGGAAGAGGUGAUGCCGCCGCCGGUGCCCGAAGGCGAUGCGGAAGUGGCGGAAGCGCAUGAGGAAGGCGCUGCAGAGGCUCCUGAAGCGGGCCCCGAGGCGACCGAGGAUGCCAGGCCGGAAGAGGAGGAGGAUGAGGAGGAAGUGGACGUUGCCCAGGUGAAGAGCGAUGCAGUCGGUCAAGGCACACAACCGGGCGAGAGGAGAAGCCGCAGGGCAUUCACGCAGCAGCAGAUGCGCGAGAUGAUCCGCAACCAUGCAUUUUCCUCUGGGUUCCAGAGCUACAAGCAGUUUGCCGCUCGACCCGUCCCGCAGGAUGACGACGAGAUCAGGCCGCGCCGGAACUCCAAGGAGCGGAAUGAGCCGGUGCGCAAGCGGCAGGAGUUCUUCGGACGUAAGCCGGCUGUCUUCGGGGUGGAGCUUCUUACCGAUGCUGAGAAGGAGGCUUGGGAGGCUGGCGUAAAAGGCCUCGGCCAACGCUCUGCCUCGGAGGGUGCCCUCCUGCGCUACGCGCAGAAUCGUGUGGAGGACAUGACGCGAUCAGUGAAGAAGUCGCUGGGCGUGGACGUCACCCAAACCACUCGACGGAGGAUGAGGAUGCCCUCCUUCGUUUCUGGGCUGGACAUUGGCAAAGUGUCGCAGGACCCGACCAACCCAAGCUCAGCCACGGGUCAGGCUGUGCGUCGCCUGGUGCAUUCGCGGUCGCAGGGUACAGGCCUUCUUCUGAACGCAGGGCAGCAUGUGAUGAACAGCAAGUCCACAUCGCGGUCGCAAGGGAGUCGAUAG